AUGGCUGCGCCGGCCAAGCCCAGCCUGAAGUCUUUGCUGGCAAAAGGCGAGUUGCUGAUCGCACCCGGCAUCUUUGAUGGCAUCUCUGCUCGCGUGGCUGAGAAGGUUGGUUUCAAGGCGCUGUACAUGACAGGCUUCGGCACCGUUGGCAGCCACCUGGGGCUUCCAGAUGCCGGCCUGGCCUCCUACCGCGAUAUGGUUGAGAGGGUGCGAACCCUCACUGCUCUUACCUCCGUGCCUGUGAUUUGCGACGGCGACACUGGCUUUGGUGGUCUUUUGAACGUAGCUCACACUGUCAAGGGAUACGAGGAGGCGGGUGCGAGCGCCAUCCAGCUAGAGGACCAGGAGUUCCCCAAGAAAUGUGGCCACACGCCUGGCCGCAAGGUCAUUCCUUUCGAGCAAGCGGUGGCCAAAAUUCGCGUGGCCGCAGAGGCGCGGACCUCUCCGGAGUUCCUCAUCGUGGCUCGAACGGAUGCCCGUACCAAUCUAGGACUGGAGGAGGCAAUUCGCCGCGCCAAGGCCUUUGCAGAGGCUGGCGCCGAUAUCCUCUUUGUUGAGGCGCCUGAGUCUGAGGCAGAGAUGAAGCAAAUCUGCGACACCCUCGCGCCAACUGGCAAAGCAAUGCUGGUCAAUGCAGUCGAAGGUGGCAAGACGCCUGUGCUGCCGCGAGAGCGAUACAUCGAGCUGGGUUACCAGGUGGCCAUUUACCCGGCGACCGGCUUCCUGGCCAUGGGUAAAGCCUUGGAGAACGUCUACAGGUGUUUGCGGGAUGAUGGAUCUUCCCUGGCCGUCCAAAGUGACUUGAGCAACUUCAAGGGCUUCUGCGUGACGAUGGGCUUCCAGGCCGUUUGGGAUUUC